AUGUCCGAAGUGCAGAGUGAGACAGAACCACUGAGGACGUUGCGCCUCCAAAAUGGCCAGGUCUACCGUUUCGAAACAAAUGAGUCCGUGGACGCGGAUGAGAUCCCCAUCAUCGACGUCUCGGGGAUCUACAGCGACAGCCUGGACGAUCGUCGCACCGUAGCCGAGAAAGUGAGAGAAGCGGCCCACCGCAUUGGUUUCUUCUACAUUGUUGGUCAUGGCCUUAACCCGAGCUAUGCAGAAGAGGCGUUUCGGCAAGCGAAGCGCUUCUUCGCAAUGGAGGAAGAGAAGAAGAUGGAGGUGUGGACGGGACUGGUGCCAAACGAGUUUGUGGGCUACCAUCCGAUGAAGGCAUACAACCGCAACUCACUGAAGCGAAACGAUUUGAGCGAGGCCUUCAACUGGUCUUACGAGCCGUCCGCCGAUACGGAUGCCGCGACCAGCGAUGAGAAGUCCAUCAGCAUCUGGCCAUCCAACCCACCAGGCUUCAAGGAAGGCCUGCUCGGCUACUACGCGCAGCUGCUGAAGCUCUCGCGUAAGAUGACCAAGACCUUUGCCCUUGCCCUUCACCUCCCUGAGGACUCCUUUGACCAGUAUGUCACUCGGCCAGAGGCUGGGAUGCGUAUCCUUCAUUAUCCUGCGCAGGACGCUUCGGCCGAUGAUCAGGCCGGGCUCGGAGCCCAUACGGACUUCGAGUGCUGGACAAUCGUUUCGCAGGAUGAUUCAGGGGGUCUCGAGGUUCUCAACAAGGCAGGUAGGUGGAUCAAGGCGAGGCCGGUGCCUGGGUCGUUUGUGGUGAAUAUCGGAGACUGCUUCAUGCGGCAAACAAACGACUACUUUGUGUCUACUGUGCACAGGGUAAUCAACAAGAGCGGAAAGGAGAGAUACUCGGCACCGUUUUUCUUUGGGUUCGAUCGAAACAAGCUGCUGGAACCGGUGUCGACCUGCGUCAGCCAGGAGAAUCCGAUGAAGUACCCUGUAGUGACGGCCGGGGAAUACUACAGGUGGAGAGCAAAUAAGGCAAAGACAGGGAAUCCGGAUCUGAAGUUGCAGGAUUAG